GGCGAUUUUCAUCAAUCCAUCAAACAAACUUAAUCCAGGUUACUGGCUAUUUCGCCUGGAGCCACGGGACACACAUGUGAUCGCAUUGGGAUCGCGCGAACGAAGGACGACGGACUGAGGAUGAUGGAGGGACCGGGCCCGUUUCAGAUUCAGCGAAAGCCAACCAAUGCAGUUCCGGCCCCGCAACCUGCCGCUUCUUGUUGGGGCUGCGAGGAGAAGCCGCCGCCGCUUCCAGCACGUCCCGGGCUCCGUCCCGACGUGCAGCCAUUGCAAAGGCCGGCCUCUCGCGGCGCGGAGCCACCGAUCUUGCAGAUUCCUCCCGGCCAUGGUCUCCGGUCGCAAAAGAGCAUGCCAGAGCUCUCUGCGCUGGCGGGCGACUCGCGUACCUCGUCCCCCCCGAGUCCGUUCAAUGCCGCACCGGCCACUCCGGCCGCGACUUUCGGGCCCGGCGCCAGCGAUGGCAAGAAGUCUUUCGUGCAGACCGCCCUCGCCGAGGCACGCCACUUCGCCGGCGGAUUGAUCCCCCACCCAACCGAAUCGACGAAGCAUUACACCAUCCUCCGUCACUCACCGCCCCUCAUCUUGUACCGCGGACCCAGCACCUCGGUGGAAAUCACCAUUUUCAGCUCUCCCGAUCAUCCGCUCCCGCCAGACCGCACCCUUUGGCUGCAGCAGCGCGGCUUCUCUGGGGACUGUGGUAUGAAGAUCAAGGCGUUUUUCAACGCUACCGACAGCUGGCUGCACGUCACCCCCUCGAUGCAGGUCGAGCCAGACCAGGUCGCCGCCGACACUGAACGUGCCUGGCAGAGGGACAUCGGAAAGGCUGCAAAAAAGUUGCUCAAGGACAAGGGGCCCAAGAAAGCUCACGUACCGAGAGAGACUCACGUCAUCCGGGUCCCCGAGUCGUCAGAUGAUGGAUACUUCCGCAUCCUCCUCUGCACCGGCAGGGGCAGGCCCGACGACGCCACCGAGGGCUCGUCCAACAAAUGCAAGACGCUGUGCGUCAGCCCCAUCUUCCGCGUCGCCAGCGCGUCGACCGACUCGAGCGUGUUCCGGGGCGCUUCCCUCAGCACCCUACCCCUAGAGAUGGGCGUCUACGUGGCGUCCAUGGUCGCCGCCUCAACCGUGAACAAGUACGCCGCCCCGGUCCUUGAACCGGUUCAGGGCGUCAUCAACACGGUCCGACCAGGAUUCGUCGCCGAGACGGUUGGCGGGCUUGCGUACGACGAAGUGAGCGAGCGGGCCGCCGAGCGGGAGGCAGAGCGUGACCGAGCCUUCUUAGCGGCGCACCAGGCCCACGUCGCCCGGUCGCUCCAGGCAGACCCCAACGCCAUCCAGCCCAUCGGGCCCGACUCGGGUCCGGAAGCGCCCUUCCCACUCCAGUUCCAGGGCAAGGUGGUCGCCGGCACCGGCCGCAGCCAGGCCGAGCUCGGCAUCCCCACCGCUAACCUCUUCGGCGUCCCCGACGAGAUCAAGUACCGCCUCCGCGGCAACUAUUUCGGCUGGGCCCGGCUCCUCCCCCCAAAGCAGAACCGACCCGCCACCCGCUCAGGGACCAACGACGCCCAAUGGUACCCCGAGUGCUACCCUCCUCGAUGGCACCAAGCGAUCAUCACUAUCGCCCCGCACUCCCCCUACGCGGCCCCGUCCGUCACCCCCAAGCCGUACGUGGCAGUCCACCUCCUCCACUUCCCCCCUCCCACCACGACAACAACGACGCCACCCUCCCCGGCCGCCGCCAACCUCGUCGGCAGGUCCCUCUCCAUCACGGUCUUGGGCCUACUCCGGCCCUACUCCCCUUCGCCAGCCGCUUCGGCCCUGCCCAGGAACGCCAGGAUGGACGGGCACGCGCGGGACGUGUGCCUCACGCUCGCGAGCCUGGGCCGCGAGAACUGGGGCCCCGAGUCGGGCGCCGUGCGGGCCGAGCUGGAGAGGCAGGAGGCCGAGAGGGGGGUGGCGGAGCGCGCGAGGGAGCGGGCCUCCCGGGCGCAAAAGAUACCCGGGCAGAUGCACCGCAUCGGGGUGCGGAUGAGGUCGGUAGGGGAGGAAAGGGAUCGGAUCAGGGGGGUGGGCGGAUACUGGGUGAAGAGGGGUUGAUGAUGUUUUUUCAUUAGGAGGAGAAAGACGGUUUUGCUUUAAAACUAACUCUUUUUCGAUAUUGGCGAAGUGAUUUGGGAAUAGGAUUACUACUAAUUAGAUCUUUUAAUUCUAAUAACUCCGGGCCCGGAAUCGUCCAACCUCGGACCAUCUUCGCUAAGAAU